CCAAACUCCAAACUGAAAAUUUAUUGCACACAGGGGUGCUCCAUGCCUCGAAACUACGAUCCCAUACAUUUCACUAUUCAUCUCUUGCAGGAUGUCCACGACAGAACCAAUGGAUCUGCUAGCUGACGAUGACAUUGAUACAGAAACAUUGCAGGCCCAAAUUAAUAUGUCCAUGUCAUUUGCAGAAGAUCUAGUCUCAUCGUGGAUAAAGCCUGCACAUAAAGCUAAUCUCAGCAAAAGCGGAGUGGACGCCCAAAAGUUACUCGACGAACAACUACGUAGACCUCCUAGACUUGGUGUCGGUGCUCCGAUACCAGAAUCUUCUACAACAGCUCGUGACGCUGCGCGUCUAAAGCAUAACUUGAUAGGGAAAGGAGUCAAGCGCGCCCCCGAAGAUGAUACUACCCUCAAGACGGAACAUCAUUCAGGAGACGAAGAAAGAAGGGGAGGGACGGUUAGAAAGAAAACGAAACUUGAUCCGUUCGCAGUAAGAUCAAAGACGAAACCGAACAUCUUUGGGAACUCUGUCACACAAUCAACUCAUAAGCCGAGCUCCCCGCAUCAGCAGGCGGACGAUGGGGAUAGCAUGACCGGGGGUGAUGAUUUGGAACAAGGUCGCAACGUUCCUUCCUUAUCGUCUCCGCUUGAAGCGAGUAAAAUCAACUCAGACUCGUCUGCGAAGAAGAGAGAUAAGAAGCCGCGGAAGCGCUCUGCCACUUGCAGCGAACGAAGCAUGAGCUUCCAAGAGCAGGCGAUCCCCCAUUCGCGGUCUAUUACCACCCCAGAUCGAUCCGGCAAUCAAAGUCUCUCUGUCAAUUCGCCUCCUCUCGGCAGUGAAUUGUCUUCCGUUUCAUUUUCGACAUCCGGUCCAUUUUCAAUGGUCGCUUUACAUACAGUUGAAACGGGAUGGCGAAUUGAAUGUCCCGGAUAUGUCGACCCAACAUCAUCCACCACCCCCGCAUGCACCUCGACAUCCAGAGGCUCCGCGUUUAACGGUUCCGCUGCUGAACCUUGAUGGUCCACCGGAUCGAGGCGAUGGAUCCGGUAAGGAUGACCACCCGGAUAGUCCCAAGAAGAAGCGCAAAAGGCGAAAAAAGAAAAAACACCCUUUUCAAAGUUGACGCGGACGGUUAAUCUCGAUCAUACACUUCGUAAUUGGCCAUGCAGAUCUAAUAUCUCACAUCCACGUGUAUCAUAUUUUCAUCUCUUCCAUCUACUUGAAGGACCCGACCCGAGUCUGCCGUGUACCUGGCGAUUCAUUGCAUAU